UAUGCUUUGAGCUGGCGGACUCAAGAGUACUUUCGCCUCGAGCGCCUAUGAAGACCGGUUGGAGCCGAUAGUCGGCCCGCACGUUGAUCCGUCCGGAUAGCGCCGCUGAGGGCAGUCAGUCAGGUGACGCCGGCACGGCGAAACUUCUGCUUUUUCGACCGCUAUCGCCGAUCUCGUUCUCACAUUGAACUACUUCAGUUUUGCUUAAACUCUCUCAUCCAUCGUUUCUGUCCAUCUAGGCAUUUACUCACUAUCUUCAUAUUCACAAUGUUUCAAAGAACUUUCCUCAGACAGGCCCAGCGGUCUUUGCUUUCCGUCCGCUCGACCCCAGCUACCCAAGCUGUCCGUCGCGUGACGCCCGUGCAGCUUCAGGUCCCUCAGGUCGCUCGUCCCUUGAUUCCUCAGUCUGCCGCCCGUCUUUACUCGACGGAGAACAAGGCCGAGAACGGUGAGAACGGUGCCGCAGAGUCGCAGGAAGGCGAGGAUGCUUGCCGCAAAGAGCUUGAGGAGAAGAAGAAAGAAAUCAUCGGUCUGAAGGAUCAAUAUCUUCGCUCCAAGGCCGACUUCAUCAACCUCCAGGAGCGCACCAAGCGGGACAUGGACAACUCCCGCAACUUCGCCAUCCAGCGCUUCGCCCAGGACCUUCUUGAGAGUAUCGAUAACUUCGAUCGUGCUAUGCUUGCCGUCCCCAAGGAGAAGCUUGAGGCCGCUCCCACUGAGGCCAACAAGGAUCUGCUGGACCUCGUUUCCGGCCUCAAGAUGACUCAAAAUGUCCUGAUGGGCGCUCUCAAGAAGCACGGUCUCGAGCAAUUCGACCCCAGUGCCCCCGCUGAGGAUGGCUCCGCUCAGAGGUUCGACCCUAACAUCCACGAGGCCGUUUUCAUGACCAAGGCCGAGGGUAGAGAGGACGGUGAGAUUAUGUUUGUUCAGAGCAAGGGCUUUCGAUUGAACGGUCGUGUCCUUAGAGCUGCCAAGGUCGGUGUUGUCAAGAACAACUAAAUUCCUUGAUCUUCCGAAUCUCUUCGAAAAUCACAACAACUCCUGUAUAAUAUACCACAUCUCUCUCCAUGCGACGGGCCUUGAACCCUCCUCCAUUGCAAUGGACUAUGCAUCCAACCGUGCCGCUGAAAGUAUAUGAUUCAGCGAUUUUUGCUUUUUGUCUACGAACGCAUGUGUAUGAUACACCAUUUACUUUGCGACUGGUGUCGCAUGGGCCGUCUCUUGGUGCGCUUUUCAAAUGAUCUGAUUUCUGCUGGGCUGGCGUUAUAUCUCGACUCUCUCCUCCCUACUAUGUACAUUACACGCAAUGGUCGGUGUCUUUGUUUCUUUCAUCUCUGGAAAAGUGAUUCCAUCACGUUGGGACUGGCAUUGAAACGGUUGUGGGUUAUGCCUGCAGGCAUCGGAUCAUUUUAUGACUC